AUGGCAAAAUCAGCAAGUAGUAGUAGUAGUAGUAGUAGUAGUAGUAGUAGUGGAGACAAUAAAAAGACAACUGCUACUAGAAGAGGAAGAAAGAAGUCGGUCACAAAGACUGCUACAGAGACACCAACAAAAUCAUCAACAACAAAGAAGAAUGAACAACAACAACAACUAGAAGAACAAAUGUCAGAUGAAGAACUCAUUCCUUACGGACUGAGUGAUGAAGAGGAAGAGGAAGAAGAGGGUUCUGACGCACCAACCACAACCACAACCACAACCAAUACUAGAAAGAAAAGGACACCAACCAUUGAAUAUGAAGAGUUGUUUUAUGAACCAGAUACAAAGAAAAAGACAAAGGGUGGUAAAGCUGGUAGUGGUGGUGAUGAUUCAUCUUUGUCACAAUACAGUCAUUGUCAACGUAUAUCACCGGCACAAUAUGAUUUUCAACAAGAUGCAUACACAAGAGAGGCAAUUGAUAAUUUGUCACGCCAGAUUCGUCGACACCCCAACUUGGCAUCGAAAUGCUACCGGUUUUUGCAUCGUGGCAUGUCAAUCAAACUGUUGCACCAGUCGUUGCGUAUUGUCGUGUCGCUUCUCUACGCAUUGGCCGUUGUCACCAUCAUCAUGAAGUAUCAGUUGCCCAAAGGAAUGGAGAAUGUGCUAGAGUCGCCAACUGGCGCCAAUAUCUUUGACGAGUCUGGAUCGAUCCACUUAAACUCGCUUGAACCUACCCAUCUCAAGAUCAAGGGGGGGUGGACGCGAUUCGCGACCAUCGGUAUCUCCAACUACCUGUGCGGCAACUACAACGACAACCCACUGCUCAAUGUAGCCACCAUGUCGUCGUCGUCGACACAUCCGGGUGACCACGACAUGAAGAACAUCAAGAUAUUUGGUGCGUGUAUCGUGUCGGGUGUAUCUCUAUUUGUCUUGUGGCUGUUUGCCAUGAAACUGUCUGAUCGCGAGAUUGUGCUUGAUGCGUCGGUACCCAGUCAACUGGCACACGUCUUUAUGACACUCAUCUUUAUUCCACUGGCAUCUAUGAUAUUUUGGGCAAUGUUUCUACUCUACUUUGUACAGACUGUGUUGAUGGGAGCAGAGGCCAAUGCCGAGGACACAUUCCGAUGUAUCAAUCGUCUGUCAACCGGGAUUCGCGAGCUUGGCACUUUUGCACCCAUCCGCGAGCUCACCCUUGGGUCACUGGGUCUCGUGUCUCGUGUCAUGACCGGUGCCUUUAACGUCACACCCUCCCAACUCGCCCUCCACGAUCUCUCUGGUGCCACGCAAGGUACCACUCAACUCAUCUCGUUCCUCUGGAGCAUUGUCAUUGGCUCGACCAUCUACUACUUUUUAAAGAUAGUCUCCAACAUUUACAACAUUUUCCGUGACAAUAAUCACAUGAAGGGUCGUCCAUCCGACGACCACCAAUUCAUGGUACUCGACAUGAAAUUCGUUCCCUCCCUCAUUCCACGUGUAGUCACUACCCAAAACUUUUUCAUUGUUUGUAUUCUUUCAAUUGUUUCUUUGGUUCUAUGGGUUUUCAAUACUCCUUCAAAAAUUCAUGAAGGUGAGAUAUUUUUUGUAGUUUUGUCAUUGCUACCUUUAUUUAAAUCAUUGUAUAAUAUAUUGGUCAUUGAACAAAAGAAACAAACUUUACCAGAGAUGGACAGUUUUGAACAAGAUCCAGAAUUAACAAGAAAUUCUGUUGUUUAUUAA